AUGCAGUAGAGCGUUUCGUAAGGUGCGCGCAACAGGAUAUUUGCUGAGAGUGUGCUUACGGAUAAAAAGACAAUUUCAUAAGGUUUUCAAGUUUAUCAAGCACCCGUUGACCAAGCAGGACGUAAACAGCAACUUUUGGAAUUAAAAGUAGAAGGUCAUAAAAGAAGUAUUAGAUCAGAAGGAAACCGACACAAUCAAUAUGUACCGAACUUAAUUAAAGAUAGAAAAAAGCACAGGAAUCGGUUUAAAGGAAGAAUUUCUCGAGAUGGACAGAGAAUCUGUUGUGAUGGGACAAUAAAGUUGGAACAAUAAUAGCAGUGUCACAACUAUUUGAUAGACGUCAAUAAUAUGUUGUUUCAAAAUGAUGCUGACAUCGGGGUUGUGCCGAUCGACCAUGUUUAUUGUCCUACGUGGUUCCAUAUCGUUUACUAUGGCGUUUUUAUGCCUUUCUCGUAUAUUGGCAACUUUUUGACAUGCGUGAUUGUCAUUCGUCUUAUGCAGUUCAGACAUUCCAUACCCGAUGUCUUAGUUGGUGGACUAGCGUUAAACGAUGUGCUAACAGCAGUCGUAGUCUUUACAUGGUCAAUAAUCGCAGAGAUUCGCCAGGAAUGGAUUCCAUGGCCGCAUCUAUGCAGAUACCAUGCCGUUGCAAAAGCAUGGUACAUCUACACGACAUUUGCGAUCAUCGUAUUGAUGAGUGUGGAGCGUUGGUUGGCGAUUAUUAAACCUUUCUACCACCAGGUACAUAUGACUACACUGAAAAUGAAGCUGACGAUUGGAGGACUUGGAUUAUUCUGUUUACUAGGUUCUUCCAUAUCUCUUGUCAUCUACCCAGUUGAUUUGAAACCCGGGUGGUACUGUGCCAUGACGGCUCCUUAUAUGGUAAUAAAUCACACACGGGUUGAAAUACCCGGCGCGUACCCCUACCCCUACACGAUUGGAAUCGCCGUUAUGCUCACUAUCGGGAUCGCCGUACUGCUUGUCUGUAACAUCCAUAUUAUCAUCGUUCUUCGCAAAAAGUCAUUCAAAAGAUUAGGUAUAGCUAAUAUUCAAUUGGAAAAUCGAUUUGCCAAAGUUAUGGGAAUAAUUGCAGUGAUAUUCGUGCUCACUUGGGUCCCGAGUCUGGUGACCAAGAUGUUGAGUCUCAAAUAUGCUACGUCACUUCCUGUUGCUGAAUUCUGGUCCUCCAGAAUUGUAAAUAUGAGUGUUGCCGUCAACCCACUUGUGUAUGGAGUAAUGAAAAGCACCUAUAGACGAGCGUAUUGGUACCUUAUUCGAAUGACUGUCCACUUCUGUUCGUUUAGAAUCAUUCCAGCCCCCGAUUACGGAUUUGACAUCUUUGAUACGAGACAAGGCAAGUCAAUACAAUCUACGCAAAAUUAUAAAGUACAGAAAGAGAAUACAGACUUAAGUUCGGAUGAAAAGAGACAGCAUAUAUGUGGAAAAACUGUUGGGUCUGAAAGCAAAGCAUGUGUUUUGACAUGUGUAAAUUGUGAAAAUAACUCACAUAGUUCAUUUGUGAGUGUUAACUCUAACGAUAACGAUCAAAAUCUGAUGUAAGAGGACCCACAAGAUCUGAUUAUAUAUUGGGGUGUAGUGUACGAGGAUCAUGAAAAAUCAUGGCCUUCUA